AUGGCUUCAACUUGCACUCUUACUGCCUCAGAUGGCAAACCAUAUGCUGAUGCAACUAUUUACAAAAACAUGGUUGGAAGUAUGCAAUAUCUUGCUUUUACAAGGCCUGACCUCGCCUUUGCAGUCCACAAAGUUAGCCGGCUAAUCUCAAAAGCUACAAAUCUUGAUCUUCAAGCUUUCUCUGACUCGGACUGGGCAAUAGACCGCGAUGACAGAAGAUCAGUAGGAGCUCAUUGCAUUUUUCAAGGACCAAAUUUGAUCUCAUGGAGCUAUAAGCAACAACCAAUAGUGACACGUAGCAGCACUGAGGCUGAAUACAAAACUUUAGCAAACAUGGCAGCUGAGCUAAUGUGGAUAAAAUCAAUUUUACAUGAACUGGGAAUUUCACUUCAGCAACCACCUACUCUUUAG